AUGUCUCAAGACGAGGACGCGGCCGCGGCCGAGCGAGGGCGUAUGCUCCAAGCUAUGAUGCUUGCCGACUUAGGCACAGCUCGUCGCAAUGAAUGUACGACCGUCGACAACAAACGGGCGCACUUCCAAGCAAGCACACUUGAGUCCCAACGAUGGAUUCAUGUUGAAGGAAGUGAGGCGCAGCGUCAGUUUAAAAUUGACGAAGAACAGUUAAACAAAUGGAAUACCUUACACGAGACUCUUGGAGACACCACUCACAUGGAAGCUCUUCCCGACAUUGCUGCUGGGCAGUCCCACCGUGCUUCUUUGAAUGCUGCUAUGAGAGCACUGGAGAAUCAAUCCGUCGGACACCAAGUUCCUGGCUUUUUUGGUCGUGGUAGUGGUCGCGGUGUCCGUGGUGGUGACAUUGCCGGAUCUCGAGGACGUGGCUUCUUGCCUCCUCGCAACAACACAACAACCAUGGUGGCGAUCUCGAAGCCUGGUCGCCCUGGUCCUGUCCAGCGCUCGGCCACGGCAUCGUACGGAUUGGAUCCUGCUUUGAACAUCAACAAUGACCCCAGUCAGAACGACUCACGCCCUCCAAGGGGUCCAAGAGGUCCAAGAGGUCCAAGGGGACCUCGGAGACAGAUGAGCGUCCAGGGACUUCCAUCUUCCCUCCAGCUUCAGCAGCUUCCCCCGCCACAGCGAUUGCACAAUCAGAAGCAGCAGCAGAAGCAGCAGCCAAAGCAGCAGCAGCCACAGCGACCCUCUCGGCAGCAAACGCAUCCGGCUGUUAACUUCUCCAGCAUGAUGGCGGACCCUGCGAACUUCAUGACUUCGUAUCGACGAACAUCUGAGAUGCCACCUGCCAGUCAAGAAACUAAGGCAUCUCAGGGACCUACGAUCCCAGGCUCUCCCAGUGUCAAGCCUGGCAAAAACACACCGAAGUCAGAAGCUCCCGCAGCUCCAGCUGUAGUUCCUAAGCCACCGAUCCAACCUGGCAGAGCAAGGGCCCAGUCUGUCAUUUCUGAGUCAUCUGUUCUUGGAAUGAUGGGGUCCUAUCGAGUAGAGACGCCCACCCCAGCUCCCAAGGUGACUGGCGCCAGCAAAGUCCUUACGCUCAGGUCGAGUAAAUCCAAUACUUCAGCUGUGCGCCCCAAUGCUGUUCCGCCUGCAGAUGUCGAGCCUGCCAGUAAGGAGAUCCAAUGGAGUCUCUCCCCCGGUGAAUAUCCGCGAACCAGUCGGCCUAUUGUGCCCGUGGCACAGAAAUUGACAGCCAAGAUUGCCGGGGAAGGCAAACAAUCUGUUGCUCGUACUCCAAAACAGACAAAGACCCCUGGCGAUUCACUGGCAGCUCCUGUGAAGUCAUCCGCUUCCAAGAAGGUCACUUCAAAUGUAUCAGCCGCGGCCGUUGGGCAAGCAAAGAAGGCUGAAGCCGUUGACCUCACCCCCCAGCAAUCAAAGGCUCCAAGCGGCUCGCUCCUGGAUACCGCCAACUCUCCAAUCUCAACCAACAUACUUCAAACCACGCCUGCUCAUUCUCUGGUCAUGGCCAAAGAAAAUAUUAUCGAUUUGACAGACAAUGAACAGAAGGACGACAAGCCGGUCGUUCCAAGCACCCCUAAGCUACAGACUGGGAAGAAGGACGACAAGCUGGUCGUUCCAAGCACCCCCAAACUACGAACUAAAAAGAAGGCCAAACCCGCGGAGCCCAAGGAGACUCAACCAGCCUCUCUUCUGGAUACGGAUAAUCAACCAAUCAGUGAAGACGCACUUGAGAUUCCUGUCCACACUAUGACCCCGGCUGUUCAGACAGUGGCCGUGGAAAGUCCGGGUGCCAGUGACUUGCUCGGCCUGGAGAUUCAGGCUGAGGAUUCACCAAAAUCCAUCGAUGGAGUCAUCGCUCUGACGAGUCAGUUAGCCAUCUCUCGAGAGGAAUUCGACCGAAUCCUCGACGAGCGCGUGAAUAAGGAAGUCGAGACCCGAGUUGAGCAUGCACUCAAACUCCUCAAAUGCCCAAGCAGGAAUAUUGCGCGCUAUUCAGACUGGCUUGAUCAGGCCGACGCAGCGGAAGCUACUGUCGUUCGAGAAGCACUGCGCAAGGACAGCUUUACCAGGCACCGUUCGCCACCCCGCAAUGAUAUGCUAAGCGAUUCGUCCCCAGAGCCAUCUCCAAUACCUAAAGAAAGGACCUCUAGUUCACCCGAAGUCGUGACUGAAGGUUUUGCGAUUCAUUUAACUAAUACCAAACGUUCUGCGGACAGCGCAUUUUCCGUCGAUGACACUUCCACUAAGGUAUCUUCGGCUCUUGCUGUGGCUUUUGGCCACGAUGUUCCUUUGGCUAGCAACCCUUCUACUCAAGGUACUUCAACUCAGGCAUCUUCAACUCUUGCCGAAGUGGCCUCUCGGCACCCUGGGUUACCUCCUAUUCCCGCAAAAGAAGCUCCCGAAACAGCUUCUGGUCUCCCCAUGGUAUCUCCUGUUCCUGUUCGGGCAGCUCCCAUUUCUGCCAAAGGGGUUUCCAGCUCUGCUGCAAUUCCUGCCCAUAAACCCGCCCCUAAGCCAAAGCAACAGGGUCUCCUUGAUUCCGUCUACGCAAGCAUGCCAGCGUUACCUGUGCCGCGCCCUCGAAUUUUCAGCGGUAAUAUUCGGAAGCCAAAGGAUCUUCGAGCCGCUGGAGUACAGGUUGUCGGACCGGCCCCAUAUGAUCCCAAGAAGAAGGCUAAGCACGGUGCAUUGGGCCCUCAGCCCGGCCCCUCUGAAAACACCUUGUUUGCUGGUUCGGCCGAGGCUGAGGCUGCAAACCGUGUUAAGGUGAUUGGGGUGCAGCCUUACAACCCCGCCAAUCGUCAAAAGUGA